AUGACUAGCUCAGACGCAACCAAAUCCGCCGAGACGGACUCUCGAGUUUGUUCAGCAAGCUCGUUUUCGGACCUGUCGAAGGAGAUUUUAAAUGAUACCUUUUACAAUAUUAUCCAUGAUAUUGUGGCAAAGGUACAUCGAGAUGAAAAAAUUGCUCGCAUGCGGUCUGCUGUCGUCCUGGCUCGUCAAAAGGCGGAAUUAGAAGCCGGCGAGAAUCCCGAGUCCAAAGUGAAGGUAGAGACAGAAGGUGCAAUUUACGAUGAUGGAAAGGUAUAUCUGAAAGGGAAUCCACUGGCCACAACGAAGGAAACGAUCUGUCCUUAUUGUUGUCUGCCUCGAUUGCUCUACCCAACGGCCGGCGUUGGAGCCCGACCUACUCCGGAUCCGUCGAGGGAAUACUGUACAAAACAUCCUCUUAUCAGUAAGCCUGGAUUCGACGUACAUGGCAAUCCAUUUGCCACUGAUAAGACAAAAAAGAAGAAGAAGGCCACGAACACCAGCACCAACACACCGGGUUCUAGCCCUCCAUCCACUCCUGAUGCUAACAAUACAUCUAAGCAAAGCGCACCUGAAUUUCCAACCAUCAAGUGUCCAAAUUGCCCGCGUUACUUUCAAACGAAUAGAGUAACAGCACAUCUGGACCGCUGUAUGGGACUUUCUGGACGGAACACUACGCGGAACCGAGACGGUGCAUCCGCUACUCCGACCAAUACAGGACCAAUAAAGAGGCCAUUUCCCGACGGUGAUGCAGCUCCUAUCAAUCCCAAAAAGAAAAAACCAAACACGCCAAAGAAACUUGGAAAUAGUAAGCCUGCGCCUCCGAGCAAGCUGAAAAACGGAGCCACUCCAGAUACCAUGCUGGCUGAAGAGGCUGCUGAAGCUGCGGAGUCGGCUGAGGUUAAGGUGCCGUCAGAGGAUGGAAUUGUUAAGACAGAAACUUGA